CGACUGCGAGUGGUUCUUAUUUUCGUAAGCUAAGGACCGGCUUUCUUUCAACGUUCCUUCUCUUUUCCCUUGAAUUUACUCAUCCCUAAUUUUUAAUUAAUUUUUAAAAAAAAUUUAAAUCUUUUCUCCUUACUAUAUAAAUAACUCCCAUCUGAUCACUCCUUUCCGCUUAGGCCCUUACACUUCACUUAAAAAAAUCACAAGAGAUUUAUAAAAGGAGUAGAAACUUUAUAUUAUUUUCUUCAUUUAAAAAGAAAAAGAAAAAAAAUGCAAGUAAUUAGUAAAUUUGAGCAAGCAUCUUCACCAUCAUCAUCAUCAAUGAAUCUAAUGGAAAACAUAACAAAAUUAUUGGAAGAAGGUCAAGAAUCAGCUCAUCAUAUCAGGAACUUAUUGAAUGAAGGGUUAAGAUUAAAAGUUGAAGAUCAUCAUCAAGCUGAUCUUGAUCAUCAUUCAAGGGUCACUUUGAAUUCAAUUGAAACUGCCCUUUCUUUGAUCAAAACUUAUGCUUUUGAUCAAAAAGAUAAGAUCAAGAAGCGUAAAAUUGAGAGUCCUGAAUCCCCUCAUUCUACUAAAUCUGAUGAAAGUGGUGGAACAAUUGUGUCCAAAGAAAGAAGGGGAUGCUACAAAAGAAGGAGGGGUGACCAAUCAUGGACAGUGGAAGCCACUACUCUUAUAGAUGAUGGACAUGCUUGGAGAAAAUAUGGGCAAAAAGAAAUUCUCAAUACUAAUUACCCAAGGAAUUAUUAUAGGUGUACACACAAGCAUGAUCAAAAAUGCCAAGCAAUCAAACAAGUCCAACAAAUAUCAGAAAAUCCCACAAAAUAUAAUAUUAUUUACCUUGGAAAACACACUUGCCAAAACCUAAACAAAACCCCAUCAUUCAUAAUAGACAACCCAGAAGAGGAAUUAUCUGCUACUUCUUUUUAUUUUUGCUUUGGAACAAACAAUAUCCCCAAAUCCAAACAUGCCCUUAACCCUUCCAUUUUGUUCCCCACAUCAUCAAUCAAUCCUGAUCCUACUCCUUCUAAGGUGAUCAAACAAGAGUAUACUUUAAUCAAGGAAGAAUCAUCACCACCCUUGAUUUCAAUUGAUCUUGAUCAUCUUUCUGGUCAGAAGGCCCACAAUAACGUACAAUAUUCAUCAUCGUGUUCUGAUAAUUAUGUACCAUCUUCAUCUGAUUUAACAAGUGUAGGAUUAUGUUCUACCCCUGUUUCUGAUCAGGGUGAUGCAAUCUCAGCCUUUGAUAUGUUUGGUACGGAUGAUGAUUUAUUCAACUUAAUCACUUUGGAUGAUCAUCAGUACAAUGAUAGUCUUGAUGGAAUGUUUGAAACUCUUAAGUAAUUAGAAGAUAGAAUAUAGAACAUAUUUUUGGGCUUUAAUGGUACCAUCAGCUUAAACCUGUAGCUAAGUUGGUUACAGUUUGACAUGAUGAUGCAUGAGUAAGAAGAUGAUUAGCCUAAUCAAAUUUUUUUUUUUGGUGGACAUAUUGAAAAUUAAACCAAUUUUAAUUUGUGUAGAAUUUAAUUUUAGAAUUUUUCCUUUCUUUUUCUUUUGUUAAAGAAUGGUGAAAAAUAAAGUGUGUGCUAGCUAGUGUAUAAUAGAAGUAUGUUGUUCUCUCCAUAGGUUGUAAUUGUUUUCCAAGGUAGGAUGCGCCCAUUUUAUGAGGUGAAUGUUACCUAGGUCUUUUUUUUUUUUGCUCUAUGAAGUUUAUUAGAUCAUAUAUUUCAUAUUUUCAUAAAAGUAUAUAAUUUAUUUUGUGUCUACAAUUCCAUAUAUGUUAUGAAUGUCAAAUUAAUACUGUUAAAAGGAUAAGUAAAAAUACGAUGAAUGAGAGUCACUAAUAAAUACUUCCUCCGUUUCAUAAUGCUUGCUACAUAUUUCAUUUUUGGCAAUUUCAUAUUACCUGCUACAAAUCUAUUUUUGGUAAUAAAACAAUCAUUUAAAAUUCUACCUACCCCUACUUUUAUCCUACUCUAUACCUCUCUAACUUUUUUACCUACCAUUAUUUAAUCUUUAUUUAUUUCCAAUUAAAAUUAAUUUUCCCUCCAU